AUGACCGCUACCGUGGUAACUCAUAUGGCUUCAACCAAUAGGGUCGUGCUCUAUCCUUGGCAGACUACGGCGUGGAGGCAGGUCCAAGGCAAAACGUACUCAGGACCCGCGCCCGCAGGUCCAGCCUACACCCUUCAGCCAGACUUCCCUACUAUGUGGGUUACAAAUGGCGUGAACCACGGCAAGGGCUCAGGCAUGUGCCACGCUAUUGAUCAGAAUACCUGCAAAUCCGCUGCCCGGAAACUCCCUGACUGGCUUGUUCAUUAUCCGGAGACGCCCGGCGACCCCAACACCAAGUGGCUCUCGGCGCAUAUCCCGUAUGGUAGGGAUAUGUACGCCUCUAGCAAUUCCGACACUUUGGAAGGCACUUAUGUUCAGAUGGUGGGUGGCCCUGGGAAAUGUCAAAUCUCCACUUGGUGCAAUUUGGAUGGCCAGGUCAGUAACUACACAUACCACGCUCUGACCAAGCCACAGAUCAUAGAGGCGGUCAAUCGAAUGUACAGCGAGGAAAACGGUAUUGGCACGUGUGGACUUGUCCACGUCGGUUUGUGCCUGGUGAAGGCUGACUACUGCCACUCGGAUGGCGACGGGGGCGGGGGCUGCAAAGACAUCCCGGCUGAUCGCUCUUAUAAUGUAUCAGAAACGAAUCCAUUGGAUGAUGUGGUUCCUUAUUUGCCUUACUGGAAUAGUGACAACCGCACGAUCCCCGAUGAUGCCGGGGACUAUUCAACCUUGUCCACGCCUCAACCCAGCAGUUCAUGA